UGUGAUUUCACCGCCCUUUACUUUCUGCUGAUUAAAUAAUCAAACAUUAAAAAGAAAUGGCAGAUGACCAAUUAUCCUUCCUCCUCCAUGGGAAACAUCCAUCAUUGCUUCCAACAGUUCUUUUUCAAAACCGCUAUAGAAAUCCUUCUGAGAGUUCUCCAUUUAUACUCGACUAUUUUCCCAUUCUCCAGCUGUGCACAGAUUUGUUUCUUUUCCUGUUCUAUCUCCAUAGCCAUGGAUGCUUCCUCUUCUGCAAAUACAGUCAACGGGUUCUACUCAUUCAUGAACAGGGGCAUUGACGAUCUGGAAAGGGUCUUUCUGUCCACCAAUUUCAUGUCAAUCCAGUUCCUGCAAAGGGUAUUGGCCCUCUUGAGAUCUUUCCACUCCCAGCUCACUGUUCUUGUGCAGAAGCUUCACCUGCCUGUGGGUGAGAAGUGGCUGGAUGAGUAUAUGGAUGAAAGCUCCAAGCUUUGGGAAGUUUGCCAUGUCAUCAAGUCAGCCAUUUCUGGUAUGGAGAACUACUGUUCUGCUGCUUUUAAUGUCACUUCUUCCCUUGACAGCAAUCAUCAUCUCAGCCCGCAGUUGUCACGUCAGGUGAUGAGGGCAAUAUCAGGGUGCAGAAGAGAGGCAGCAGGACUUGAGGAAGAAAACAGGGUUUUAAUGGAGACAAGAAUAGAGCCACUCUCUUCUGUUCUGAGGUUUGAAGGAGUGGUAUCAAUGGAGUCAAAGCUGAAUGGGUUCAAUGGAUUCAGGGGAGUUUUGUACGCCAUGAGGAAUGUCAGUUCCCUCCUACUCAUCAUUUUGCUCUACGGGUUCGUCCAUUUUCCUCCCGAAUCAACCGCCUUCCCCGCCUCCUCCUACUAUGAAGGAGGAGGAGGAGGGCGGUUGUUCUUUGGAUCGGCCUCAAGAUUGCACCGGACAGUGGCUGAUGGGAUCAGGCAGGCUGGCGGAAGCCGGCCCGGGGUUCUGCUCUUUGACUUUAAGAGAUGCCAGGCAGCCAUGGAUGAGCUGAAGGUUGAGUCGGAGAGGAGGAGAGGGUUGAUGAAUGUGGGAGGAGAUGAUAUAAGGGAAAAAGUUGAGAGCUUGAAGGAUUGCUUUGGUGUGCUCAGAUCUGGCAUUGAGAAUAUUACUCUUCUGCUUGACGAUUUCUUUGAUGACAUUGUUGAGGGUAGGAAGAUGCUCUUGGAUCUGUGUAGCCAUCGCUAAAUCAUAUAGGAGAGCAAUUAAGUAAGCUAGAUACAAAUAUCAAAUAUCCAUCAACAAGGCUAUGUAUUCUCUAGUGUUUUGCUUUGUUUUUGUUGCGAGCUUUCCUGAGUUCAUCCAAGUUGAAUACCAACCCCAAGGACACUUCAUCCCCGACCCGACUAAACAUAUGGGAGGUUGUAUCCGUGCACGGUCAGAGGUAGUGGUGGACCGGGUCCAAUCCGGUUCCGGUUCGGGCCUAGGCCCGGCCGGGCCUGGAAGCUUUAGAGUUAGGCCCGGGAUCGGCCCGGUAGGCUAACGGUUCCGGGCCGGGCUGGUUCCGGUUGAUUUUUUUUAAUUUAUUUAUUUCAACCCCUACCCCCACCCCCAAACCCCUCGUAAUCACCCAGCCCAUCCCACCUAAACCCAGCCCAAAGCCAAAAAAAAGCCCGGAUCGGGUCCAUGCUUUGUGAGAGGUGCAACUAGCCCAAUGUACAAGAGUUGUAAUCUAAUUUUGAUUCUUGAUCAUUCAUCUAUAUUUUUCACCACUCAACCAAUUAAACUACCUCACACGGGUGGCC